AAAAACUAUUCACAUCCGGGUACUAAACUUAUUGAAUCCAACUAAAAUGGAUCAAUGGCUUGAUGAGAGCAUUCCUGUUGAAGAAUUGAAGGGAUUUGAAAGAAAAUUUAAGGCAGAAAAGAGCGACACCGGCGCCGUUAGCGACGAUACGAAGUUUUCGUAUGCUUGGGCGCUGAUUCGCAGUCGUUAUAAAGAUGACGUCACACAGGGGAUAUCAAUGAUGGAAGGUUUAUGCAAGAGCAGUUCUUCGCAGCGAGAUUUUCUCUACUUCAUCGCUUGUGGCUACUACCGUCUUGAAGAAUACGAAACUUCACUGAAAACUGUAGACAAAAUCCUCGCAUCAGAGCCUCGCAAUCGGCAGGCCCUUGACCUUAAAGGCCUCAUAAAGAAAAGGCUAAAACGAGAUGGUCUCAUGGGGAUGGCUAUCGUUGGUGGGGGUGUGGCAGUAGCAGCUGCGGCUGUUGGACUCUUUGCUGUAGCUUUUUCAAAGAAAUAAAUAAAUAAUGUUGAAUGCUGCGAUCUGGUGCUUGGUUGGGGUUUGUAGGUGGGAGGAUGUGCCUACUAGUAGUUGACUUGGAGGAUACAUGUAGAUGCGUUUAUGUGUAGAAAGAGUGAUAUGUAGGUAUCUGCAUAUAACAGAUGCAUUACGUGUAAAGAUGAGAAUGAAUGCAGUGGUCUACGUUGA